AAAAAAAAAAAAAAAAAGAGAGGAUGGACGGUCUCUUCUCUGCAAAGCCCUUAUAUUUUCCUCGCUAGCUUAUCCCCUUCGCCUCGCCGCGAACUCCUUCGGAGAUCAAGAGAAAGCAUCCGGAGCAAGGAGGCGGCUUUCCACUAUCAUGGAUUUCUCUCUUGUACUUCCCACCUCAUCUUCUCCUUCUCGCCACCUCAUCUUCUCCCCCUUUAAACAUACCCCCAUCCGCGUCCAAUCUCUCAAAGCCCCUCGCACUUCCCUCCGCUGCCGUUUCCGACUGUCUGCCGCCGCAGAGGUUGAGGAGACAGUUAGCUUCGGCAAGCCCUCAGUGUUCGGCUUGCCGAAGGAUCUUACGGCGCCGCAGAAGAUUGUGGAUACUUUGCCGCCGCGGGCAAGGCUUGCGAGUUACGUUGUGUUUACCGGGGCAGCUCUGGCUGCGGGGUUUGGAUUAGGGUUUCGCUUUGGGGGCAGCCAGGCUACGGGGAUCGGAGGAGCUGCUGUGCUCGGCGUUGCUGCUGGGGCUGCCGUAUAUAGUAUUAAUUCGGGUGUUCCGGAGGUUGCUGCGUUGAAUCUGCAUAAUCUUGUGACUGGUUAUGAUGAUCCUACGGAGCUGAAGAAGGAGAAUGUUGAAGCCAUUGUUGAAAAAUACGGCGUUAGUAGACAAGAUGAGGCCUUCAGAGAAGAAUUGCGUGAUUUGUAUAGUAGGUUUGUAUCUUCUGUUAUCCCACCUGGAGCUGAAAAUCUAAAGGGCAAUGAGGUCGAGGCUAUCAUAAAAUUCAAAAAUGCUCUUGGAAUUGAUGAUCCUGAUGCUGCUUCUGUUCACAUGGAGAUUGGAAGGCAUAUUUUUCGGCAACGUUUGGAAACAGGAGACCGCGAAGCCAAUGCAGAGCAGCGUCGUGCAUUUCAGAAGCUUGUUUAUGUUUCCACUCUUGUCUUUGGUGAAGCAUCAAAAUUUCUUCUACCUUGGAAGCGUAUAUUCAAAGUCACUGAUGCUCAGGUUGAUAUUGCCAUACGUGACAAUGCUCAGAGACUUUUUGCUGUGAAAUUAAAUUCAGUUGGCAGAGGUAACUCAUUUCUAAAAGCUUUCCGUUGUGCCAACUUUUUAUUGGAUUUAUGAUCAUUUCAGAACUGGAUAUUUUGAUAG